AUGUUUGUCCUGUUUUUGGUGUUAUUGGCAGGGAUGCAGGUCCAGGCCUGUGUCAAUCGAGUUCCGGUGGUCAAAAUGCGUGGAACUCUGGUAACAAUGCGAAAGUACCAAAGUUCCGCAAACUGCACUGUUAAUUGUGGGCCUUUGGUGGGAAGAACCAGAACUGAGACAUACACGGGAUUCCAUGACAUCUGCUGCGACGGAUAUAUACGCAAUAAUGACAAUGAGUGUGUGCCGCAGUGCAAGGAUUGCGGGGCCACGGGAAAGUGCCUCACGCCCAAUGUGUGUUUGUGCGACAAGGGCUACUCGAAUCGCCGAGAUCGCGGUCACUGUGAGCCGGAGUGCAGCGAGUCCUGUCUGAACGGAAGAUGCGUGGCUCCGGAUGAGUGCGAGUGCCUGGCUGGCCAUCGGUUUGUCAAUGGUUCCCAGACGGAGUGCCAGCCCAUUUGUGCGGAGGACUGCAGCAAUGGGCGCUGUUUGGAGUCGGGAAAAUGCGAGUGCUACACCGGCUACCAGCGGAAUGAGACCCUUAGGAAGUGCCUGCCCAUCUGCCAGGAUGUCUGCUUCCACGGCGAUUGUGUGGCGCCCAACGAGUGCCGCUGCCAUCGCGGCUACGAACCGCGCUUGUCGGUGCCCUGGAUUUGCGACCCGGUCUGUUCGAGCGGCUGCCCCAAUGGAAACUGCCUGGACCCCGAGGUGUGCUUCUGCAGGACCGGCUACGCCCACAAGGAGAACAGUCUCGCCUCGGGCUGCGAGCCAGUCUGCAACCCGUCCUGUGUGAAUGGCACCUGCAUCUCACCUGGCCACUGCUCCUGCGACGAAGGACACGUCUUCGCCGAGGGAUCGCGUAAUGUGUGCGUGCCCAGCUGUCGCUCCGGAUGCGAGAAUGGUUUCUGCAGUGCCCCCGGUCGCUGCGAUUGCCACGAGGGCUUCGAGAAGUCCUCGCCGCACCGCUGUACGCCCAUCUGCCAAACGGGAUGUGGCCGCAACUCCCGCUGCACCGCCCCGGACACCUGCGCCUGCGAGGCGGGCUACGUCUUCGUCAACGGCAGCACCACCGAGUGCGAGCCCUUCUGCCCCAAGGGCUGCCGGUACGGGAUAUGCAGCAGUCCCGGCGUCUGCACCUGCUUCGAAGGCUACCAGGCCCUGCUUCCAUUCUACUGCAUUCCCAACUGCCCGGGUCCCUGCAUUUACGGCACUUGUGUGGCGCCCAACGUGUGCCGCUGCUUCAACGGCCACCGGCCGAGUCCCACGCUCGGAACGAGUGUCUGCCAGCCCAUCUGCAGCCAGGACUGUGGGCACGGCCACUGCAUCGCCCCGGAGUCCUGCCAGUGCGACGAGGGCUACGCCAAGCGGUGGCCCCACGGAUCCUGCGAGCCCCACUGUCCGCAGAAGUGCGUGAACAGCCACUGCGAGGGAUCGGGCCAGUGCCGGUGCUACGAGGGCUACAAGAUGAGGCCGGGAUCCGUCUCCAUCUGUGAUCCGGUGUGCUCGCCAGCAUGCAGGAACGGCACCUGCGUGGAGCCCAACAGUUGUGCCUGCUCCGCCGGCUACGAGGACACCAAGGUGCCGUACGAAUGCGUGCCCAUCUGCCGGCCCAGGUGCGAGAAUGGCCGGUGCUCCGCCCCGGGGCAAUGUGAGUGCCUUCCCGGCCACCUGGCCACCAACUCUAGUGAGCCCAACUCCUGUCGUCCCCAGUGCCGGGAGCAGUGCAUCAACGCCGAGUGCCUGGCGCCGGAGCAGUGCGUCUGCCUGCCCGGCUAUCGAUUUAUACCAGAUAGCAGCACCGAAUGCGAACCGGUUUGCUCCAAGGGAUGUCGUUCCGGCCAGGUGUGCAUAGGCCCCGAAACCUGUGAGGGCAUUGGAUCGCUCAUUAGUCCCACCGCCGGCAGACACCCCGUCCUCCACUGGUUCAUGUUCCUCCUGGCCAUUCUGCUCUGCUUGGCCUUGGUCAUGACACCUCUGUUAGUGCUCAGGGAGCUACAGCGACGACGUCGUGGAGGCGACAAGCAGAGGACCCAUCUCAUCGAGAACCCCUCAUACGGAGUUGUUCAGGCCAACGGCGAGGAGGCCGCCAACGAGCUGGGAAUCGGCCUAGGGGAUUAACAAUUGAAAACCUUAG